AUGUGGAUUUGGAUCGGGCCCGAGCUCGGACGCCGAGGCUCGCCGGAGCUGCCGGAGACGGGGGAGAGGAGGCACCGGCGGGGAGGACUCGAGGAGGACGCCGGCGACGAGGAGGGGCGCGGUUGCCGGCGGGGAAGAGGAGGCGGCGGCUCGGCGGCGCCAGAGGAGGACGGCAGCGGGGCGCAGGACGGCGGGCGUGGCGGCGCCGGCGCGGAAGGACGGCGACGCGGCGGGCGGCCGCGGGGAGGAGGCGCGCGCGCGGGGAGGAGGGCGCCGUGGGCCGCGGGCGGCGUGGGGUACGGGGCGGUGACGUGGCGGUCCGCGGUUGGCUGCGGGUGGCGGCGGGUUUUCGUCCGGCCGGCGGCGGACACGUCCGACGGCACGGAGGAGCGGGCUAGGGUUUCGGGGAUCCGGAAUAUUUCGCGGAGGGGAAGGUGA